GAUCGAACCUUCCUCUCACACUGCAACCCUGCAACUCGAGAAAAUAAGUGAUGCUGAACCCAGUGCAGAAGGCGAUCGUCCUCUUGGGCGUGUGUGUGGCCGGCGUCAUGUGUGUGGACAAGUGCAGCCCCGACUGCACCGGCAAGCCCGCGGGCAGCAAGGUUCCCGAUCCCAAGAACUGCACGCAGUACUACCUCUGCCUUAACGGCGAGGUACCCACCGACCACCCGCUCUGGUGCGACCCGGGUGAAAUCUUCGAUACCACGCUAAAUGAGUGCCAGCCGGGGAGUGGCUGCACGGAUCAGUGCCCGGCGACCGUCCCCAACUGCCACUUCACGUGCGACGGUUUGUACGACCUGGUCAGCGAUCCGUCGAGCUGCAGCCAGUACUUCGUGUGCCUCCCCCACGGGCUGGAGCCUUUCGGCUGCCCCGCAGGAGCCCCGUACUUCAACGGGGAAAGCUGCGUGGACGACAAGGGCGCCUGCUGCUCCGACCCGUGCACGCCCUUCUGCGAGGCGGCGACGACGCAGGUGCCGGACCCCACGGACUGCACCAAGUACUACAUCUGCCUGGAGCCAGGGCUCGCGUCCGAGGAAUACCACUUCACGUGUGACGCGGGACAGAACUUCAACCUUGUCACGGGACGGUGUGACAGCGGCGCCUCCUGCGUAAUACUUUGUGGAGGUUCCACAGUCGGCCCAACUGGAUCGUCCUCACCCAUUUCAACUGAACCUUCUACACCCUCUACACUAACAUCCAAACCAUCCACAUUGACACCAAAUCCAUCCAACCCAUCCACACUGACACCAAAUCCGUCCAACCCAUCCACACUGACACCAACUCUAUCCACAUUUUCAUCCAUUCCAUCCACACUGACUCCAAGCCCCUCCACAACGCCCACGCUCACGCCAUCGCCUUCGGUGACAUCUACAACCACGGAAACGUCGACGGCCGGGUGCGUGGACAGCCUCCUGUGUACAGUCAUAGGGGCCGUCGCCAAGUGCAAUAUCUGCGAACAGGAAUUCUUCUACUGCGACACCGUGGGCCAGGAGGCGGGCGUCUACACCUGCACGGGAGACCUCUUGUUCAACCCCGACCCGGCCUUCCCCUUCUGCGUCCUGCCCACCAACUGCCCCUAUCACCCACCCUACGAGGAUUAGGCACUCCGAGGCAACGCGACGAUUGGCGAAUUUGUAGGUGUCUCGGUGGUAAUUUGUGACGCAGAUUUGUACCUUUUCCGAAUUAGGAAUUAGGAGUUCUCCAAUUAUUACUAUUUUUACGUGCGAAUCUAUAGGUGUGUGUGUUCGUUCGUAUAUCUGUGUAUGAAAAUACAUGGUACCCAUGUUUUAGACACCAUACUUUUUAAAAAUUAAAGCCAAAUAAAAGAAGAAUAUCCGA